AUGACCACGAUUUUUGAACUAAAUAUCGAUCAUUUGUCGAUUCUUCGUAGUAAUUCUAAUCAAAUCGGGUCAGUCAAUUCACCAAUUGAUAACGAACAAACAAAUUCUAAGGUUAAAAUGAUAAAUUGGAGUUUGAUACUUUUAAGUAUAUCGUUCCUUUUGAUUUGGUUUCAAUUCCUUGAAAAUAAAUCUUCUAGUGUUCUUGGUGAUUCUCUUUUAGUUUUUAUUCUUAAAGCAUUAUUAUUUACUGUUACAAGUUUUAUUAUUACUAUUGAUAAUGAUAUUAAACUGACUAAUGAGGUAACUAGGACUAAUCUGGGAAAUAAAGUAGAAACAACUGUGACGUCUGUGUGA